AUGUUCAUGUUGCUCGUAUUUGGAUUGCUACUGCAAGAAGUUCUGGCUAAUUCCCAAGCCGAACAUCCUACUGAAUUCAAAAGCAUUCCGGAAGAGCCGUUAUAUAGAUACAAAGCUAUCAACUUGCCGGAUGAGCAUAUUCCGUACUUUCUGCACAGCAACCAGCACGUUGCUGGUGUCUGUAAGCAGGACUCUCGCUGCCCCUAUAAAAAAUACUUGAAGGAACUAAAAUCCUGCUGGGGUUAUGAGAAAUCUUGCAAAUCGGAUGACAGGUUCAGUUACCCAGUGUGCGAUUAUGUUGAAACUGGAUGGGCAAGUGAUAUUGAGACAGCCCAACAGAUAUUCUGGAAACAAGCUGACUUUGGUUACGUUCAAGAGAGGCUCAAUGAAAUGAAAACCCAUUGUAAGCCUGCAGCAACAGGAGAUUCGUCGCUGACCUGUUCUCGGUACCUUCAGCACUGCAGAGCAACGAACUUGUACAUUGAUUUACGAAAUGUAAAGAGAAACCAUGACAGAUUCAAAGAAGACUUUUUCCAGAAGGGAGAAAUUGGAGGUCAUUGCACCCUCGACGUUCAAGCGUUUUUGGCUGAAGGUCAACGCAAGAGCCCUCUACAGUCUUGGUUUGCCGAGCUCCAGACAUUUACUGCAUUAAACUUCAGGCCUCUAGAAGAUAAGAAGUGUGACAUUGUUGUUGAAAAGCCAACGUACUUCAUGAAAUUAGAUGCAGGUGUUAACAUGUACCAUCACUUCUGCGAUUUCGUCAAUCUUUAUAUUACACAGCAUAUCAAUAAUUCCUUCAGUACUGAUGUCAACAUAGUCAUGUGGGACACCAGCUCCUAUGGCUAUGGUGACCUGUUCAGUGAGACAUGGAAGGCAUUUACUGAUUACGAAAUAAUACACUUGAAAACCUUUGACUCUAAAAGGGUGUGCUUUAAAGAAGCAGUGUUCUCCUUACUGCCUCGGAUGCGAUACGGCUUGUUUUACAACACACCCCUGGGGAGGAUCUCUGGCUGUCACGGUACAGGGCUUUUUAGAGCAUUUUCUCAGCAUGUGUUACACAGACUGAAUAUCACACAAGAAGGACCCAAGGAUGGAAAAAUUCGAGUCACAAUACUUGCACGCAGUACAGAUUACCGGAAAAUAUUAAACCAGAAUGAGCUGGUGAAUGCUUUGAAAACAGUGUCAACGUUGGAGGUCAAAGUGGUAGACUACAAAUACAAGGAACUUGAAUUUUCAGAGCAAUUGAGAAUUACCCACAACUCUGAUAUAUUCAUUGGGAUGCACGGAGCCGGACUUACCCAUUUGCUUUUUCUACCAGACUGGGCUGUUGUUUUUGAACUGUACAAUUGUGAAGAUGAGCGCUGCUACCUGGAUCUGGCAAGGCUGAGAGGCGUUCACUACAUCACGUGGCGAAAAAGGAAUAAAGUAUUCCCUCAAGAUCAGGGACACCACCCAACUCUGGGAGAACAUCCAAAAUUUACAAACUACUCCUUUGACGUGGAAGAAUUUAUGUACUUGGUGCUUCUGGCUGCAAAUCAUGUUUCGCAGCAUUCCAAGUGGCCAUUUAGGGUAAAACAUGAUGAAUUCUAA